AUGCAGGCGAUCAAGUGUGUCGUGGUUGGCGAUGGAGCCGUCGGUAAAACCUGUCUCCUCAUCAGUUAUACAACAAACGCUUUUCCCGGGGAGUACAUACCGACAGUAUUUGACAACUACUCUGCGAAUGUGAUGGUCGAUGGCAAGCCCAUUAACCUCGGUUUAUGGGAUACGGCCGGUCAAGAAGACUACGAUAGAUUGCGACCACUCUCCUACCCACAAACGGAUGUCUUCUUAAUAUGCUUCUCACUCGUGAAUCCAGCCUCAUUCGAGAACGUGCGAGCCAAGUGGUAUCCGGAAGUAAGGCAUCAUUGUCCAUCGACGCCCAUCAUCCUUGUGGGAACUAAACUCGAUCUCCGCGAAGACAAGGACACCAUUGAGAAGCUGAAGGACAAGAAACUUGCUCCUAUCACCUAUCCACAGGGCCUAAGCAUGGCGAAGGAGAUAGGCGCCGUGCGGUAUCUAGAAUGCUCUGCACUGACGCAAAAGGGCCUGAAGACUGUUUUCGACGAAGCGAUUCAAGCAGACAGCGUAGCCGAUAGAAGACAAUGCAACCUGUGCUACAUUGCUAUAGACGCACCACCACCAUCAUCAGCCAGUGCGUUCACAAUGGACUGCAAAUGCAUACAUAGAUGA